AUUAAGCAUCAAAGGAAGUGCUUAAUGCAAGAUAUAAAUAGACUGAGGGAAACCCUACAGGUGUGAAAAAUGUCUAAAGAUAGACAGAAGGUUGAAGGGGAAGAUCUGGUGAGAGAUUCCCAGAGACUGAAAAUAAGGGUGUUGAGUUGUUUAAAGAGUUAUUGACUGAUAUUCAACUGUAGACAAGACAAACAUUGAACAUAUAGAUGAUCAUGAUGAUGAUGUAUGAAUAAUGAUAUAACUAGGAAGAAUAUGAUAAAGGUACCCUGCUACAAAAGCAUCUUCUGUAGGCGGAAACAUCGCAGCUGCCUUGUUAGUGUUGGAAGCCUGGACAUAGCCUAGGUCAUCCAAGCUGGUCAAAAGAAUAGCAGGAGGAUGAAUUCUCUAGCACAGUUUAGGGAUACUUCUAUGGGGCUUAAUCCAAACUGACAACUUCUUCAACAUUUCAACAUGUGUCAGCAAUGUUGAAAAAAGCUGUCUUCUUUGAAUUUAUAACCUGACAUCACCAUACGAAUAUCACAUUUCCCAAUGUUCUUCUUGAACACAAUUGCCAGCGUGCAACUGCCUUUCCCGAUUCACUUUCAAAAUAACAGAGAAUACCCAGUCUCAAUUAUCUCAACUCAGUGAAUAUAUGCUAUUGAAGCUUGGGUCCCAAACAGUGCAUCGUUAAGUGAUACAAGAAUGUGAGCUCAAAUAAUUUUCAUAAGAUCUUAUCCUUAUCAUUGUCUCGGCUAAUAUUUAGUCAUCUAAUAUGAUCUCUGUCUGGUGUCGCCGGAUACAUUUAAAGUUAUUUUCCGUGAGUUAUCUCUAUUUCAUUUUAUGUACGCUUCAUCUCUCACUCUUACUCAUGGUUGUCUUACCAGCUGUAGCUCGUGCACAUACCUGGGACGUGCCAAGGGAAGUCCUUCCGGCUCCCUCGACUAAACAUCAAUUCAUAUUGAUGCCAUUUAUAUCUUUUUACAGACAAUAAAUCCUUUUAAACCAUCCUCACCGCCUUAGUCCACUCAAUUUUAUCAUUCGGGAAGGACCCGCGACAGUAUUGUGCCCAAACAGGGACUGAGGUAGAGCCAUAACUUCAUUUACAAAGUCAUCACAACAUCAACACGACCGAUUUAUCCCUUCAUCUACAUCGAAGUCGUUAUCGUCCACGUGAUCGUCAUCAACCAUGUCAUCCAUAUCACCUGAAUCAUCUUCAGACUUUUUGAUUAUAUACUUUGACAUUUUAAUGAUUUUAUAAUCAUAAAUUUACAUUGUCAAGCUGUGAUCAUAUAUAUUCAGACUGUGAUAUUCAAAGACGACUGUGAUAGACAUUAUAUUCAGGCAAGUGUGCAUUGUGAUAUCUCCACAUGUACUCACUUCCGGCAAUGUUGACAGUUUUUCACAAUCUUCAAAGAUGAACUUUGACAUCUACCGGUAGUGAUUGUUAUUUCAUGUUGAAAAUGUGUAUGCUGUGGAAAUCUGUGGUAUUUAUACGGUAUGUUUAUGCUUUCGUACAAGCUAUAUUUAUUUACUAGUAUUUGUACGCACCAGGUCCUGUUGUAUAUAUAUAUUCUUAUAAAUCCAUAUAGUAGAUAUCUCAAGUAUCGACUAACACUGCAGUUAUUUAUUAUUAGUUAGUUGAUACUUAGUCUAAGAUGAACAUUAGUAUUUAGCUUUAGUAAAUAAUAUUAGUGUUAGAUAUUGGAAGACAAUUAGACAAUCUGUAUAAAUGAUAUGUCUGCUUAUAUAAUAGUUUCAUCUUGGCCUUUGUCAUUUAAUUUCUUCACUAUAUUUACUUAGCAUUAGUUUUAGUAUUUACUUCAUUGCGUGAAAGAGAAUGAGCGCGAACCACCGGCAUUAGCAGUUAUUAAUGUAAACAAAGCUUUUGUUUACGAGGUCACUUUUUGCGUUCCUUGCCUUCACUUCAUAUGUUUACAUGAGGUUAUGUAACUCUUUUUUUGGCUUAACGUGUUUACAUCCGGUUAUGUAACUUGUUCUUACAUCAUGUACUUUGCUUCCGUGUUUAUAGAAAAUCUUAUUCAAUGAAAUCAAAUAGCUUUCAUACUGUGUUUUCUUUUGAUGACUGGUGACACAAUUCCUGACCUCGUCAUUGGUAAUUACCUCACUUUGCUUUUCACUGUUGAUUGCUUUACAUUUUCUCUUCUGUCGUAUGCUGUACAUUUUACUGACGUUCGGUUUACAUGGUAUCCUUUGUGGAUCUGGUGAUAUUAGUUUGCUUUCUCAUCCUUGGUUUGUGUUGGUUUCUUUGCUCUUCCUGUUUUGGCAGUUGGUCUUGUGUUUACACAAGUUUGUAUUAUUAUUUUUUAUUUUAUAUUGGCUUCAGUACUGUAUCCGUACUUCACGAGCAACAUGGCUUCUGGAGGUGAGAACAGGAAUGAUGACAAGCCCAUAACACAGGAAGACGAACAGAAGAUGUUGGCAUAUCUCACUACUACUGGCCGGUCUAACAUACAUCCUGUACCCCCUUCCUUCUUGCUUCACAAGAUCAACGUAUGUACCCCAGUACAUAAAAGGGAGCCCAUCACACCAAGACCUCUAGGAUUUCAACCUGGUUACACCAAUGAUCAGCAUGUCCCUACAAAUAGAUCACCCUAUCCAGAGGAUCUCUCAACCAGCAGAUGUACCAGUUUCAGUAGCCUUUUCCAGAGAAAUCCCUGUACCGAAAAUGGAGUCAUCCUUUGAAACUUGGAAAUGGUAAGUGAGAGGCCUUAUUCGAGAUGAUGCCUACCCGCCUGCUGUUCUGUCUCAGGCUGUAAGGAAGUCCCUCAAAGGUGAUGCAUCAAGUGUUCUACAUUCACAAGGUGAGAAGGCUACAGUUGACACUAUCAUGAGGAAACUGGAAGGACUAUAUGGCACUGUGGAUAAUCCGGAAUCACUAAUCCCAUUUUUCUACACUACUCGUCACCAGGAAUCUGAAUCAGUUGAAACAUGGGGAAAUAGACUGGAAGCUUUACUACAGAGAGCCACAGAUAGAGGAAGCUACAAAGAUGCUACAUCAAGAGAUAGUAUUCUGAGAAAUAAAUUCUGGAGUGGAUUAUUUCAUUAGACGUUAAAGAAUGCUACCUGACCUGCAUUUUACUCAGGAGAGGAUUUCGGGGAUCUUCUGCAGAGCGCAAGACAAAUUGAACGUGAGAUGCAAGGAGAGCCACAUCCAAGGAUGAAAUCCAAGGUCCAACAGUAACCACACGUCAAGUAGUAUAGUGUGCUGACCACAGUGAUGGAUGGUAACCUGCUCAUGCUACGUAUGAUGCUUCAGACUCCACAGGCUCUGGAACAGAAAGAUCUUAAUCAUAGUAUCAUCUAUUCUGCUAAACAUGGGCUUCUUCAAUGUGCGUCUUAUCUUGUUGAUGCAGAGAAGCCAGCGUGUUUGCCAUUGGUAGCAGCCAGAAAAUGUUGACAAGUUGACAAUUCUAUCAUGAUUGAAGAGAAGGAAACAGUUGUUCUUGGUUGGGUUGGUAUAGCUCGUCCGUAUAUGUUCCUUUUUGUGGUAAAUCUCGUGCGUGUCAUGCUGAUGUGACGGACCACUACGUUGAACGGGGUAACAUGUGGAAGUUGAUGUUUAUUCGUUGUGGGACGAAGACGUCCUCAGAGCUCCGGUCAGGAGAUUGCCUUUGCUAAUAUUAGAAUUAACUUCCAUUAUCCACUUAAUAACAGAAAGUGGUCAAUUAUUCACUUUAGAUGAAUAUAUAGACGCAUUUCAUUUUGGGGCGAUUUGGUUAGUGUGGCAAUGGAGGUUUGUGUUUCUGUCUUCUGUUUCUGUUUAAUUAAAAUGUCCGACAUGAUAUGUUUGACUUGUUGUUUACUUAACGGGGAAUAACGUGCCUCAUUCCCAUAUGGUAGCAGAGCGUGGUUUCAAAAAGGUAAGUCAAAUAAAUUAUGUCGUAUAUGCAGGAGGGAGGCUCUGUAAAGAGCAAUGAGUCUCUGGUCCAAGAAACAGAAGGGUCUCUGUUAAAACUGGAGAAUAUUUUGAAACUAAAACAACAAAAAGCAAAUGUUAAAUCAACCUUUACAAAAAACAAAAACAAGCUGUACAGCUUACUAGAAUCUUCUGACCAACCAUCUCGAAUAGACAUACGAGAUGGUAUAGAUAAAGUAAAUGAAAGUCUGGUGAAAGCAAUCGAUGUUAUGACACAACUCACUCUGGCUUUUGCAAAGAAUCAGCAAGGUGAAAAUGUCGCUAAAACUGAAGGAGAGAUUAGUCAUCUUGAGGAUGAAACUAAUGCUGUAGUUGAACAGGCACAAUUUCACUUAGAUAAUAGGUCAGAUGUGACUUCCGUGUCAAGUAAGGGAAGCAAUAGAUUGUAUAGCCCUGAACAACAGGCUGCGGGAAGUGAGCCAUGUAUUCAGAAAGACAUUGGGCAUGAUGUUCAUAGCAUACCACAUGAACACACACGUGCUUAUAAAGAGUCACACAGUUAUGCAAUAGGCACUGAUCUAUGGAAACAACUCAAGCGUGUUUCUAUCCCAGUAUUUUCUGGUGAUGUUAAAUGCUAUGAAAGUUGGAAAGCUGCAUUUCUGACAUGCAUAGACCAAGCACCAGCAACUGCUGAAUACAAGCUAUUGCAGCUAAGGCAAUAUCUUUCUGGUGAGGCUUUGAAAACAGUACAAGCUUUGGGGCAUAGUGCUAUAGCUUAUGACAUUGCAUUAGAGCGCCUAGAAAGGAAGUAUGGUGGUAGGAGGCGUCAAGUAGCGUUACAGUUAGAAGAAGUGACUAAUUUGAAGCCUAUUCGCCAAGGGAAUGCUAGAGAUGUUCAAAGAUUUGCUGAUGUCUUGGACAUUGCAGUCGUUAGUCUGAAAGAAGCAGAUAGAAUAGAAGAGCUUGGUAAUGGGUUAUUGUAUGUCACUUUACAAAAGAAAAUGACCGAGUCAAUGGUCGCACAAUACCAAAGAUGGCUUCAUGACAGAGAUAGGCAAGAGUCUGUCGAGACUCUAAGAGAAUGGGUACUUCAGGAAGCUGAAUACCAAACGAUAGCUGCAGAAACAAUACAUGGUGUUUCUGAUAAAAGCAAAAGACUAGAAUUCAAAAGAAAAGAGUCAUGCUCAUUUGUCAGUCAGCUGAAUAGAAAUUCAAAGAGGGAGGUCAUAUGCAAGGUUUGUGGUGAACAGCAUGUGUUAUGGAAAUGCAAUGUGUUCAAGAAUAUGAAUGUUUCUGAGAGAUGGAACACUGCUAAGAAAAUGAAAGUAUGCUUUCGCUGUCUUGGUGGUAAUCAUCGUGGCUCACAAUGUAGAUAUGCAUAUCGCUGUGGGAUCAAUGGGUGUACGAAAACCCACAAUAGACUCUUACACGAGAACAUACCCAGAACUGACAUUGUACAAGGCAAUCUGGAUUUUGCAGAAAAUAGUUUUGUUGUGGAUAAGGAGGAUACUCAGGUAGGUUCUCCAACAAAAGGUCAUGACCAGGGCUUUUCUGAAAGAGCACAUGCAACUAUGCCAUUGGAAUUUGACCAUCCGUUCACAGCACUUCGGACAGUCCCAGUAGUGCUGAAGAAUGGAACUAAAAGGAUCCGUGUUAACGCAUUAUUGGAUGAUGCAAGUACCAGGUCAUACAUAAAUGCUGAUGUAGCUUCAGAAUUAGGGAUGCAGGGGUCAAUAGAGAAAAUAUCUGUGAGUGUCUUGAACGGUAAGAAAGAGACAUUUGAGACCAAGCCAGUGGUAUUUGGAAUUGAGAGUGGAGAUGGUAGGGUGGAUAUGGAAAUGACAGCACUGACUACUACUAGGGUCACAGGCGACUUGCAAAUGAUUGAUUGGCAAAAAUGUAGACACAGAUGGAGUCACUUGAAGAACAUAAGCUUUCCACAUAUUGGGCGACGUCCAAUUAUCGAUCUCCUGAUAGGUAUUGAUCAUGUGCAAUUACAUCAGUCAUUCGAAGAGGUUUGUGGAGAUGUAGGUGAUCCUAUUGCAAGGAGAACGCCUCUUGGGUGGACAUGCAUAGGCAAUGUAAGCAGUCAGGCAACAUCCCAAACACACUGUGCAUAUACAUACCACACAUACAGCAAAGACAGUGAAUUGUGCUCAUUGGUGAAGUCAUUUUGGGAAAUUGAAGAGUUGAAGACUCCUUUCAAACGCCUUAUACCAGAUGACGAGCAAGCUCUUCACAAAGCACAGGAGACACUAGUGUAUAUGAAUGGCCAAUACCAGAUUGGUAUUCCUUGGAAGAAUGUUCCAUCAUUACCAAAUGACUAUGCCAUGGCAUUUCGUAGGCUGCUUAGCACUGAAAAGAAGUUAUCCAAAGACCAGGAAACGGCACUAGCCUAUGACAAUAUCAUCUUGCAGUAUCUUGAAAAAGGUUAUAUCAAUAAAGUAGAUCAUGAGGAAUCAAGGGAAGAUGUGUGGUAUCUUCCUCAUUUCCCGAUAUUGCGUCCAGAUAAAACCACAACAAAGGUCCGUAUUGUUUUUGACGCUUCGGCAAAGUAUCAGGACACAUCAUUGAAUGAUGUAAUCAGUCCAGGUCCGAAGCUUCAUAGUGAGCUCUUUGAUGUGCUGAUACGGUUCAGGAGAAAACCAGUAGCUCUCAUUUGUGAUAUAGCAGAGAUGUUCUUGCAGAUGAAAAUAUCACCGGAAGAUAGACCUUACCACAGAUUUCUCUGGAGAUCUAUGAAUACAGAUAUGCCUCCUGAGGUAUACAAGUUCAGUCGUCUUGUAUUCGGUAACACCUCUUCUCCUUUCUUGGCUCAGUAUGUUACCCAGGAACAUGCUAAGGCACAUCUGGUAGAUCUGCCUAUGGCUGCAGAAACUGUCAUAAAAUCCACAUACAUGGAUGACAGUAUGGAUUCGGUAGAGAAUGUGGAUGAAGGUAUAGAACUGUACAACCAAUUAACUCGGUUAUGGUCCAGUGCUUCAAUGCAUGCUCGGAAAUGGUUGUCCAAUUCCCUGAAUGUCCUUGAUAACAUACCUGAAGAAGAUAGAGCUUCUGAAAUUGAUCUUUGUAAAGGCCAUUUACCAUCAGUGAAAGCACUUGGGUUAAUGUGGGUAGCUGAAAAAGAUAUGUUCACAUUCAAAGUUGGUACAUUUCCUGAAGAAGAAACCACUAAAAGAGGUUUUCUCAGGCAAAUUGGAAGACUAUUUGAUCCUCUUGGAUUCAUAGGACCAUUUAUAAUCACUGCGAAGAUUAUGUUACAAGAAAUGUGGUUAACAGGACACGAUUGGGAUGAUGAACUGCCUCAGAACCUGCAACAGAAAAUAGAAAAAUGGUUAGUACAAUGGAAAGAAGUACAAGGUGUUCAGGUACCCAGAUGUUUGCGCCUUGAUGCUGAGGUUUGUUCAGUCUCGAUUCAUACGUUUGUUGAUGCCUCUCAGGAUGCAUAUGGCACCGUUGUUUACGCCGUCUAUACUUACAUGGACGGAAAGAAGUCCAGCAGGAUCGUUGCUGCAAAGAGUCGUGUAGCUCCGUUGAAAGCCUGUAGCAUACCACGCCUUGAACUGAUGGCAGCUGUACUUGCCUCAGACUUGUCUCUGAAGUGGUCAAAGUCCUUCAGAUUGAGAUUGAAACGGUUACCUUCUGGUCAGAUAGUAGGAAUGUCUUGUGUUGGAUAAGAAACAAUAGU